AUGAAUGACCUGAUUGUCGUGCAUCAUGAGAUGGGACACGUGGAAUACUUCCUUCAGUACCGACAUCUUCCAAAAAUUUUCCGUGCUGGUGCUAACCCAGCAAAACCCACCGCAGAACCAGGUUAUAAGACAACUGGUUUAUUACCUGAAACAAAAUGCGGCUACACACCCAGAAGAAUGUUUGAGUUGUCUGAUGAGUUCAUUGCUUCGCUGAACUUGACCACAAUGCCACAAGAGUUCUGGGAACACUCUAUAUUAGAAAAACCAGGAGGACGUGAGAUGGUGUGUCAUGCCUAUGCAUGGGACUUUUGCAAUGGCAAAGAUUUCAGAAUACGGCAGUGUACGGACGUGACCAUGAAUGACCUGAUUGUCGUGCAUCAUGAGAUGGGACACGUGGAAUACUUCCUUCAGUACCGACAUCUUCCAAAAAUUUUCCGUGCUGGUGCUAACCCAGGAUUCCAUGAAGCCAUAGGAGACGUAUUAGCCUUGAGUGUAUCUACACCGAAGCAUCUUCAUAAGAUUGGCUUGCUUAAAGAAGUUCGGAAUGAUCAUGAGGAGGACAUCAACUACCUUUUGCGCAUAGCACUUGAAAAAGUAGCUUUUCUGCCUUUUGGAUACCUGGUAGAUUUAUGGCGAUGGGAUGUGUUUAGUAACAAAAUUCAUGAGGAUGACUGGAACUGCGCCUGGUGGGAUCUUAGAUAUAACAUGCAGGGAAUAAAGCCUCCUGUACAUCGCUCUGAACACGACUUUGACCCUGGAGCAAAGUUUCACAUUACAACAAGUCAUCCAUAUAUCCAGUAUGUAUCAAGAUCACAGUAA